AGUAGACGACUUAUUAUAAGUCGUCUGGAAGGUCGUCCAGCUGGACGACUUAGUAGACGACUUAUAAUAAGUCGUCUGGAAGGUCGUCCAGCUGGACGACUUAGUUGACGACUUAUAAUUAAGUCGUCUAUUUAGUAUUUUGUUUCAAAUAUCUAACUCGAUUCUUCUUCUAUUUACUGCAGACCCGCGUGAUCAACUUUGUUGAGAAGGACAUUAGUGAAAUGUGGCCAAAAUGGGACUCUGAGGUUGAUGACGUGCCCGCGGAGAACAUCAUUAAAGUGAUGUAUGAUCGGAGACCGUGGAAGUGGACCAUGGAUUGCUGGGAAGUCACUGGUACAAAACCCAAGUUUGUGACUCCAUCGAAAAGAGCCAAAGAGAUGGUUGUGGAGGAGGUGGAGGAAGACAAUCAGAGACCUCGGAAGAAAGCUCGUAAAGAGGCUCCUAAAGAGGCUCCUAAAGAGGCUAGAGAAGAGGCUCCUACAGAGGCUACAGAAGAGGCUACAGAAGAGGCUAGAGAAGAGGCUAGUUGGGUGACCAGAGAGGAGUUAGAAAACAUGUUCAAGGACUUAGGUGACAUGAUGAAAGAGGGGUUUAAGAAGUGCAUCAGGGAGAUUAGGAAGAUCUCCGAUAGAUUGGAAGCUGUGGAGAAGAAGGUUGGUGUCACCAAUCAGGCUACCCCUCAAGCCCCAGAAACCGGGGUUAGUAAAAGAAGAUUCGAACAGGACGUUGCUAUCCAAACUGGAAAGAGGUUGAGACUAAAGCAAGUGGAGAGCACUUCACCAGAUGGAAUGGAGCUUAAGAAAUAA